CGCUAGAACUGUCAACAUCAUCAACAUGGCUCGGCUCGGUGGAAAGUGCUUCGGAACUGGUGCGGUGAUCGGUGCGAUGCUGGUUGGUCUGUUGCUAACGCAGCGCUUUCCAGGGACCGAUGCGUUCUUAAGCUACUCGCAUUACGUCACGGAGCGAAUCUCGAACCGAACGGAGUUUGUGAACCAAGUGCUGAGUGAUGAGCUUCAGCUCAAAAUCGUGGAUUACUCGCAGUACGUGUACGAUUGGGACUACGAUACGCUGAAGAUUAGCGGCAAGUGGGUGCUAAAGUCGCUGCAAGAUGACUACACCUACCACGUGGAGACCACGCAGAAGAUCGACAAGCGAACGGCAUUCAAAGGAAUCCUGGAGAAUCUGCAGGCCACGAAUCAAAUCAGUGACAUCAAACGGCUGCAUCUCGUCCAGCCAAAGACAUUCUCCAUCGAGAAGACGUUCAUUUUCGGUAAAAAGUAAAGAAAGCACCGCUACAAUCAGCCUACAGAACAUGACAGCUUCUAAAUUGGAUUCGAAU